CAAAACCUUUCCACGUUAUAAUUUUUCAUCUUUUUACCAAAAGAUCAGAUCCCCAAAUCUACACACCCUAAACCCUAGAUUCCACACUACCUCUGAUUUCUCGAAUUUCAAAACCUGAUGGACGAAUCAGGCGAGAGAGACGGUGUUGCCGCGACGGCGAUCCAGACUCCACGUAGGAGCGUCCGUCGUAAACUGGUCCAGUCGACGCUCCUCCCGCGUAAACCCGAGGAUGUGAUGAUUGAGUCCGAUGGAGAUGGAGAUGGAGAUUUCUGUAGCAGUCAAGGGAAGAAGACGAGGAAACAGAGGACUCCGAAGAAGAACGGAGCUUCCAAGAAGAUGGCUAAAGGAAAGUCGCCUCGUAAAUCAACGCCUAAGAAAAAUACAACUAGAAACGGGGCUGUUGCUGCUGAUGAUCAAACAUAUGUAUCUCCUCAAGUUCCUAAUUUGCGGCUGGAAGCAAAAUUACGAGCUGAGGAAGAUUCGAGGAUGUCUGCUGGCAAGCAGUUACAUCCGUUUUUCUCAUCAAGGAAAGGAGGUAAAAAGAGUCAAGAAACAGCUGCUGCAGUAGAGAAUGGUACUUGUCAGGAUCAAAUUGUCACCAUUGGACCUAUCCAUGUAUUUGAGAGGUUACAGGAUGGUUAUCGGACCAUUGAUUGGAAGAACUGGACUUUUGUUGAGCAUGCGUCCACCACUUGGAGUCCUCGAGAACAAAUAAAAUCCGACUCUCUGAAACUCGGACUCAAAGAAGUUGAUCUAAAUGAACUAGCAACUCUUUUACACUCUGACGUGUGCAUCAUCGAUGAUGAAGAGCCUGAACAAUGUGCUACUCAAUCAGCUGAUGCAACACGAGAAAGCGGCCUGUCUCGUAGUAGCUUGUGGGUAGAUAAGUACCAGCCGAGAAGUGCCUCGGAGGUAUGUGGUAAUACUGAAGCUGUGAAACUAAUGAAUGAAUGGAUGUGCCAAUGGCGUGAGAGAGGCUUUCAGGCAAGCCAAGACAUUUUGAUGAGUGAUGCAGAGAAAUCGCAGAAUUCUGACUACAACUGUUCUGGAAGUGAUUCUGACUCAGAAAACACUAGUGCUGAAGACUGCCUGAAAAAUGUUCUCUUAAUCGUUGGUCCAGUUGGGAGUGGGAAAUCUGCAGCUGUUUAUGCAUGUGCUAAGGAACAAGGAUUUAAAAUCCUUGAGUCUAAUGCAUCAGAAUGUCGAAGUGGAGCAAUUGUUAAGCAGAAAUUUGGGGAGGCUCUCAAGUCAAAUAGCCUAUCAAGGUCCUUGGAACCUCUUUUCAAUUCCUGUACUGAUGGCAAUGAGGUAGAUGUGAUUGAAGUGGAACCUGUAUUACAGAGCCAGAAUGACAGAGCCAACUUGAAGCCUUUAAUUCUUUUUGAGGAUGUAGAUAUUUCCCUUGCUGAUGAUCGUGGUCUCAUAUCUGCUAUCCAGGAUAUUGCUGAGAAAGCAAAAGGGCCUGUGGUAUUGACUGCCAAUGACAAGAAUCAUGGUUUACCAAACAACCUGGAGAGGAUAGAGACAUUCUUUUCUUUGCCAUCAACAAAAGAGCUGUUCAGCCACCUUUCUACGGUUUGUGCAGCAGAGGAGGUUAAAGUUAAUCCUGAUUCACUAGAGCGAUUGACUAUCUUUAGUGGUGGUGAUAUACGGAAAGCGAUUAUGCAAUUGCAAUUUUGGUUUCAGAGUAAAUCCAAAAGAGUUAGAAAGGCCAAGAACACUGGUGAUCCAGAUCGAUUUGAUCAUGAAGCUGGUCACGUGCUGCUUCCCAAGAUAAUUGCACAGGAUUUUCCUUCUCAGUUAUCGCAGUUUGUGGAUAGUGAGAUUGCUAAAUCAUUAUCCAUGGCAGAGGAAAGUUAUAACACAAUUGAAGUAUUUGUUGAAGAGGUUGAGAACGAGAAAAUGCUUAAUAGACUGUGGAGGCGGGGCACAGAAAAGAACACAAUAGAAGCCAAGAAAGCAGCCAUGUUAAGGCUGAACACUUGUUUUGAGAAUUAUGAUGAAUUAGAUGACGUGUUAAGUAUUCCAUCUGAACUUACCGACAACUCUUCCCAGCCACUGUCUCUCUCUCGGCCAAACAGAAGAAGGAGGCUCAAUGUUGUGAUGUCCUCUGAUUCGGAAGAUGAACGUCUGAGUGACAUAUCACGUGUACCAGAAUCUUCAUAUGUUCCAGAAACUAUAAUGGAUGGGGAAGCUGAGCUGUCACCAAGAGCAGUAUCAUGUGGUCAUUUUAAUGGAAGAGUUGAAGCGUCCACGAGUGAAGACGAUGUACAGAACUCCCCAUCAGCAGAGAUACACAUAGACAAAUUACAGAGUUUUGAUCGCUUAAUGAGUACGUGUGAGAUCAUUGCACAAUCUUCUGAUGGGACAAUGAUGGAAGAUUGUUUUAAGGAAUAUGCAGAGAGUUCCCAGAAGAUGCAACAGGCAACAGAUGAAUGCAGCCGUAUAGAUUGUGGUAUGACAUUCAAGGCCGCUCAAAAACCGAAGCUUGAUACUGUGCAAGAAUCAUGGAAAAAACUUUGUUCGAGCCAUGUUGAUCUGAAGACAUACUUGGAUUCAGAACCUGUAGAAGCUCCACAAGUUCUCGACAUCACUCAUCAGAUAACCAGCCUAAUUUCAGAAGCUGAUCUCACGCACUCUAGAUGCCUGAACUUUGUUGCGAUGGAGCCAAUGAUGAACACUUCUGGAGAUCUUGACACGUCUGGUCUAGCUCAUGUGCUUGAACAGAUGACUUCCAUUGUGGCACAUAAAGGAUUUAACUUUUUCACAAACCAAAUCGCUACAACAGGAUCCGUCCCUACUUCAUCAGCAACAAUGCAGGACUACACAUCGAGCAGUGGAGGGUGCUUGGAUAUGAAACCAGAAACCGUAUUAAAAAGUGAGCGAAUGGUAGAGCUUUCCGGCAUAUUAGAGUCAUUAGUCCCUCCAAGAUCAUUGAAAGGAAGGGCUUUCCAUGAAUAUGCUUCAUUUAUAGGGCAGAUUGCAAGAGCUGAUCCCUCUAAUGUAUCUGGAGCCAUGGAGACAACCAGACGGCGAAGGUCAAGAGAAGCUAGACAUUAUCUCUCAGUGGAUUUAUCCUCAGAAGAUAUUGCAUUCAUUGGUCAACACAACACAUAUAGAAGAGAUGAAUAAAGCAGCAGUUUCAGUUUGUAUAGAAAUUAGGAACGCUCUAAGGAAGAGUUUUAAACAUUGUUUGCUCAGCAAUAACCUAGCAGAGUUUAGAGUUCGACCCUUGCUUUAGGCAUGACCUUAGUGCAUAGUUCCUUUAUUUAUAUACACUCUCUAUGUAUGUUUUCUGAAAAUAUAUUCGAUAAAUUAAAGAUUCUACAUAUAAAUAAGAUGAACCAUUAUCUCUUCUACAAGCCAAAAACAAAACGAAAAAUCAAAAUGUUACUUUUCUCUAUUACGGUUUGUUUUGAGUAAAAUGCAUAUGUAGUAAUGCUUCUUCUCUCUUCUGCAGAGUGGAUACUGAAACUGAGAUCAGACUUUGCCUUCGAGUUUAUCAUUAUUAACAAGAGGAAGUAACUCCAUCUUGCUUCUUGGUGUACGAGGAGUCCUAGGAGUUCCUGGCUGCUGCUGCUGAGAAAGCUUAUGCCUCACGUAUCCAUAGAAUGUGC